GUCAAUCAUUUGGAGCUUUCUUGGCUCCUGGUGUCACUUUAGAAUUAGAAGGUGAUGCAAAUGAUUAUGUGGGUAAGGGUCUUUCUGGUGGCCGUAUUAUAGUCUAUCCUCCAAAAGUUUCAACUUUCAAGUCCGAAGAAAAUAUUAUUGUGGGAAAUGUUUGUUUAUACGGUGCUACGGCUGGUCAAGCUUUCUUUAGAGGAAUUGCUUCUGAACGUUUCUGCGUACGUAAUUCUGGUGCCAUUUCUGUUGUUGAAGGUGUUGGUGAUCACGGUUGUGAGUACAUGACCGGUGGUCGUGUUGUAGUAUUAGGUCCAACAGGACGUAACUUUGCUGCUGGUAUGAGUGGAGGUAUAGCUUAUGUCUUGGAUGUUUCACAAGAUUUUAAAACUAAAUGUAAUACAGAAAUGGUUGAUCUAGAAACCGUAAAUGAUCCACAAGAAAUCACGUUCUUACGUGGUUUAAUAGAAGAUCAUCGUCAUUAUACUAAUUCAGAAAUAGCUGAUCGUGUAUUGAAAAACUUUAAUCAAGUACUUCCACGCUUCGUUAAAGUUAUGCCAGUAGAUUAUAAAAUUGCUUUGGAAAAACAAAAACGGUUGGCAGAAGAAGCUCAAAAAGAAAAAGAACAAUCGUUACCGCAAAUUUCUGUAAAAGAAGCUGAACCAUCGGUCGUUGAUAUUGAAGAUUCUAUGGUUGAUGAAGAAUUAGCCAAGAAGAAACUUGAUAAAAUUCGUGGAUUCAUGAAAUAUAAACGAAAAGUCGAUAAUUAUCGAAAUCCUAUUAAACGUAUCAAAGAUUGGAAUGAAAUUAAUGCCCGAUUAAGCGAGCCACAACUUAAAGUUCAAGCAGCUCGUUGUAUGGAUUGUGGAGUUCCAUUUUGUCAAUCUGAUACUGGAUGUCCAAUUGGAAAUAUUAUUCCAAAAUGGAAUGAUCUUGUAUUUAAGAAUCAAUGGUAUGAUGCUCUAAAUAGGUUAAUGAUGACGAACAAUUUUCCCGAAUUUACCGGUCGAGUAUGUCCGGCUCCAUGUGAAGGAGCAUGUGUCUUAGGAAUAAAUGAAUUACCCGUUAGUAUUAAGUCUAUCGAAUGUGCUAUUAUCGACAAAGGAUUUGAAAUGGGUUGGAUAGUUCCUACUCCACCAGCAAUUCGCACUGGAAAGAAAGUUGCUAUUAUCGGAUCAGGCCCAGCUGGACUCUCCGCUGCAGAUCAAUUAAACAAAGCUGGUCAUACUGUUACUGUUUAUGAUCGUAAUGACAGAUUUGGUGGACUUUUAAUGUAUGGUAUCCCUAAUAUGAAGCUUGACAAAAAAGUAGUACAAAGAAGAAUUGAUCUUUUAGCCGCAGAAGGAAUUAAGUUCGUGGCAAAUGCCCACGUUGGAGUAGAUGUUGAUGCGACAAAAGUCAAAUUAGAAAAUGAUGCAUUGAUUGUAGCUACUGGAGCAACUUGGCCAAGAGAUUUAUCUAUACCGAAUAGAAAUUUGGAUGGUAUUCACUUUGCUAUGGAAUACCUACAACUUAAUACACAAAGUCUUUUGGAUUCAAAUCUUCAGAAUAACAAAUAUAUUGAUGCAAAAGACAAACAUGUUAUUGUUAUUGGUGGUGGUGAUACUGGAUGUGACUGUAUUGGCACUGCUUUACGUCACGGUGCAAAAUCUAUUGUAAACUUUGAACUCUUGCCAGAACCACCCGCAAAAAGAGCUACUGAUAAUCCUUGGCCACAAUUCCCGCGGGUAUUUAAGUUUGUAUCGGAUGGUAAUGGGAAAGUGAAAGGUAUAAAUACAAUUCGAGUAGAUUGGUCUAAAGACGAGUCAGGACGCUGGGUAAUGAAAGAAAUAGCAGGAACUGAACAGUUUUUCCCAGCCGAUUUAGUAUUUUUAUCAAUGGGCUUUUUAGGCCCUGAAGAUAAACUACUUAAUAGUUUGGGACUAAAAAUCGAUCAACGAAAAAAUAUUGAAACUCCAAAAGGCAAAUAUUCGACUGCAGUCCCUGGAGUUUUUGCAGCAGGAGAUUGCAGGCGAGGACAAA